AUGUGUGAUUUGGUUGCUCGUACGGGUCGGCAUCAGCAACGGUAUGAGGACGGUUUUCGUCUUGUUGCUGGGUGUGUUCCCUUUAGGUAUAAAAGUUGUGAAGACGACUCUAGUUCUGAGAAGAUUGUUGAAGUGCUUCUGAUUAAUUCACCUAGUGGGCCAGGUCUUUUGUUUCCAAAGGGAGGUUGGGAGAAUGAUGAAACUGUUGAAGAGGCUGCUGUAAGAGAAGCUAUAGAAGAAGCAGGAGUUCGAGGAGAUCUAAUGGAUUGUCUUGGGUGCUAUGAGUUUAGGAGUAAGACCCACCAAGAUGAGUUCAGUCCAGAAGGGUUGUGUAAAGCAGCAAUGUUCUCUUUGUUUGUCAAAGAGGAACUUGAACUGUGGCCUGAGCAAAAUACCAGAAAUAGGAGUUGGUUGACUGUAUCGGAGGCACUUGGAAGCCUUCGACAUGCGUGGAUGAUGGACGCUCUGGAAUGCUUCUGCAAAUGGCACGAGGAAAAGUUUGUGGGUUGA